CCUGAGCAGACCCAUCUUCCGCCUCCUAUUACAGUAUAUAAGACCACAAAGUAAGAGACGAGGGUUAGAGACAGACACCACAAACAAGCAGAGGAACUAACAGCACCAUUCUUUGGAAAGAAAGAAGAAUAGGAUAUAACCAUGAAAAGCAUCCACUCCCUGGCUGGUAUCCUUCUGGUCCUCGGCUUUGUCCAGGGCAGCUGGCAGGUUUCUCUGCAGGAGGCUGAUGACAGCUCAAGUUUUGAGGCAGACACAUUAGCGGAUGGGCCGAGGGAGCUGGCGAGCAUGAAGAGACAUUCAGAGGGAACCUUCUCAAACGACUACAGCAAAUACCUGGAGGAGAGGAGGGCGCAGGACUUCGUUCAGUGGCUGAUGAACAACAAGAGGAGCGGUGCUGAUGAAAAGCGCCAUGCAGACGGGACCUUCACCAGCGACGUGAGCUCGUACCUCAAGGAACAGGCAAUCAAAGACUUUGUCGCCAGGCUCAAGUCGGGACAAGUCAGAAGAGAGUAGGCUGCCCCUCCGUCCUUCUCCUCCUCCUGCAGUACCAAAACCCCUGCCGGCCUGCCUUCCUGUGUCUGAUUCCACCGUGAUGAGAGAGACAGAGUCAGAGAGAAAGAGCUAAUCAUCUGCUUCUUGUGUCACUCCACCUUUUUCCUUUCUUUGCUUAUUUUCUCGAUGUUCCUUGUGGUUGUGCAAAAAUAAAUCACCUUAACUUUU